AUGAGUUCUUUUUUAAAUUCACCUUCUCCGUCCUCAUGGGGCUACUGCCUCAACCCCCCAACUAAGCUUGAGAACCGGAUAUUCGGUUUUACAGGCAUAAGAAAAUAUACUGGUCCUGAGUGGCAGUUUCCUGGCAUUAAACAGGAAGAGGGGCUCAGCCAAAUCAAAGACGAGGAGCCACAGCCCCCUUACUGGCACAAGACAGAUGAUCAACUUCCCUUCAAACUAGAGGAAGAGGAGUUGUCACUCGUGAAAGAGGAGGAAGAAGAGCAAGAUAUCAGCCGGUCGACCGGCGAGGCCUUGAAGAGUGACGACGAAGAUCCGAACGCAGCCGACGGAGGGACGGAGCCUCCGAGCGGCGGCGACCCCUCAUCCCGAACGGACAACCUCAUCGCUCCGCUAUCCGAUAGCGACGGCGCCGCGUCACGUUCGGACGAUGACGAUGCUAAACAUCGCACUGACAAAUGCGGGGAAUACUCUCAGAGUGGGAAAAGCGGCGGUAAAAAGCGUUCCGCGGGCGAGCCAGCGUUUUCGUGCUCGGAUUGCGGGAAAAGAUUCACUCGCAAGACCUCCCUGAAAAUACACACAAGAACCCACACUGGCGAGAAGCCUUUUUCCUGCUCGGACUGUGGUCAAAAAUUCACACAGAAAGGGAGCUUAAAAUUACACGCCAGAACCCACACCGGUGAGAAACCUUUCUCCUGCUCAAUUUGCGGCCAAAGAUUCACGCAGAAGGGCCACUUAAGCAAGCACGGCAGUACCCACACCGGGGAGAAGCCUUUCUCCUGCUCAUUUUGCGGUCAAAGGUUCUCCAAACGGGAAAAUUUAAAAUUGCACACAAGAACCCACACUGGCGAGAAGCCUUUUGCCUGCUUAAUUUGCAGUCAAAGAUUUGCUCAGAAGGGCAACUUAAAAAUCCACACCAGAACCCACACGGGAGAGAAACGUUUCUCCUGCUCCAUUUGCAGUCAGACCUUCACUCAAAGGCAGGCCUUAAAAAGUCACACGAGAACCCACACCGGCGAGAAACCUUUCGGCUGUCCGGUUUGCGGUCAAAGAUUCGCUCAGAACGGAAGCUUGCGAAUUCACGCGAGAACCCACACCGGCGAGAAACCGUUCUCCUGCUUAGUUUGCGGCCAAAGAUUCAGCCACAAGGACUCCUUAAAAACGCACGCGAGAAGCCACACCGGCGAGAAACCUUUCCUCUGCUCCGUUUGCGGCCAAAGCUUCACGGAAAAGAAAUCCAUCAAAAUGCACUUAAGAACCCACACUGGCGAGAAACCCUUUUCCUGCUCGGAUUGUGGCCAAAAAUUCACUCAGAAGGGAAGCUUAAAAGUCCACGCCAGAACCCACACUGGCGAGAAACCUUUCACCUGCUCCGAUUGCGGCCAAAGAUUUACUCAGAAAGUGCACUUGACAAAGCACACGAGGACCCACACUGAUGACAAAAAAAUUUCCUGCGCACACUGUGGCCAAGUAUUCAGCCAGAAGGGACAUUUACAACAACAUGUGAGAAUACAUACUGGUGAGAAACCUUUUUCUUGCAUAAGAAAAUAUCUUGAGCCUGACGUUAAAGAGGGAGUGGGGCUCACCCAAAUCAAAGAGGAGGAGCCAGAGCUCCCUUACCAGCAAAUGCCAGAAGAGCAACUUCCAAUCAAAAAGGAGGAAGCGCUACCGUGUGUUAAAGAGGAGGACCAAGAUAUUACCGGGACGACCGGCGAGCCCUUGAAAAGCGAAGACGAAGGUACGAGCGCGGCCGGCGAAGGGACGGAGCCUCUGAGCGGCAGCGGCGACAGCUCAACAGAAGGAUCCCGGGAUCCGGACAACCUCAUCGCUCCACUAUCUGAUAGCGACGACGCCACGUCAUAUUCCCCGUAUGCUGAUGAUAAGGAGCCUGAAGGCGGUACCAAACAUCACGACGACACGCGUACGAGCGAGAAACCUUUUUCGUGCUCCGAUUGUGUAUUCAGCCAGAAGGGACAUUUACAACAACAUGUGAGAAUACAUACUGGUGAGAAACCUUUUUCUUGUUCGAUAUGUGAUGAAAGAUUCUCUUGGAACAAUCAACUUAAAAGACACGCAUGA